UGAAGCUGUUCCUGAAGUAUCUGAAAAAUAUGAAAUUAGUUCUGUUCCUACCUUUCUGUUUUUCAAGUCCCAUUUUCUGCACUGAUGCUGAAGAGGAGGACCAUGCCAGUUGCUUGCCAACAUCUUGGAAAAGUGGCAUGGACUGCAGAGGGCCAGUAGCCAGAACUGGAGCUUCUUGAUCAAAAUCCAGACACAUGGCUGUAGACCCCCAGUGUUUCCUGAGUUGGAUCAGAAGUUGGUUGUUUAGAGCAUGUGCCUGGACAUAAUGGAACAUCUGGCUGGUUCUGGUUUGAUUAAUGACUCUUGGGAAGUGGGUGUAAAUCUGUGCUUCAGAGCCAUGGGUGUUACCAUAGCUCCCCAAAUACCUCACUUAUGCUUAAUAUAGACUCAUCCCAGCAAGUGUGGGGGAAAUCCUUUCUGUUUUAGGUUAGACUCUGAUCAGGUGUGACUUUGAGCUGUUGCAAUCCUUCCCCAGUAUGUUCCCAAGAAAAGAAAAAACAAAUUAUGUCUAAAAUUGAGAUGCAGUAUAGGCAAUUGGUAAUCAAUUUUUUUUUUCACUUCUCCAAUAAUAGUGUUAACUCCUUUAAAAAUUGGCUAGAACUAUGUACUUGUUAUAAUUUUGGAGUCUGAAAUGUAGAGAUGAUGAAGGAAUGCCAUACCUAUUCUAAAUGACAUUUUAAACUUUAGAAUUCUCAGAAAAUCGACCGAUUAGAUGGUGCACAUGCCCCAGAGUUGACCAAAAAAGUUCAGCGACAUGCGUCUAGCGCCUCCUUCCCACCCAGCGCUAAUGAGCAUCUUAAAGAAGAUCUCAGCCUUCGCCUGAAGAAAUUAACUCACGCUGCCCCCUGCAUGCUGUUCAUGAAAGGGACUCCUCAAGAACCACGAUGUGGUUUCAGCAGGCAGAUGGUGGAGAUUCUUCACAAACAUAAUAUUCAAUUUAGCAGUUUUGAUAUCUUCUCAGAUGAAGAGGUUCGACAGGGGCUCAAAACCUAUUCCAAUUGGCCAACCUAUCCUCAGCUCUAUGUUUCUGGAGAGCUCAUAGGAGGACUUGAUAUAAUUAAGGAGCUAGAAGCAUCUGAAGAACUAGAUACAGUUUGCCCCAAAGCUCCCAAAUUAGAGGAAAGGCUCAAAGUGCUGACAAAUAAAGCUUCUGUGAUGCUCUUUAUGAAAGGAAACAAACAGGAAGCAAAAUGUGGAUUCAGCAAACAAAUUCUGGAAAUAUUAAAUACUACUGGUGUUGAAUAUGAAACAUUUGAUAUAUUGGAGGAUGAAGAAGUUCGGCAGGGAUUAAAAGCUUACUCAAAUUGGCCAACGUACCCGCAGCUGUAUGUGAAAGGGGAGCUUGUUGGAGGAUUGGACAUUGUCAAGGAAUUGAAAGAAAAUGGUGAAUUGCUGCCUAUACUGAGAGGAGAAAAUUAAACUUGGUGCCCAGCUAUUGCAAGAAGUAAAUAUAGUGGGAGAAGUUCAUGAUUUAGUCCUCAGAAAUGGACUAGGAAUAGAAAAAUGCUUCUGACCAAGUUACACUUUGUAUAUUUCACAAGGUUGUGCUAAAUAAAUGUAAUGUUUUUUCCCACCAAAAAUAGAAUGCAAUAAACAUCUUCAAAUUAUUAAUAAU